CUUACUAGGGUCUCCUCCAUAUGUAAGUACGGAGUACGGAGCACGGAGUACCAUCCCAAUGCACCUGAACCAGGCCACAAACAUCAUCCCGCCUUGGCAACUGUCUAUGUACUCCGUACCUACGUAGGCUCUCACUAAACUUACAAACACACACCUCCCAACCUCUCUCUCUCUCUUCCUCCUUCUUUCUCAUCACCCAUCUGGACCUUAAUUCUCGCUCAGAUCUCCAAGAUGGCUGAUAGUGAGCCCAUCUAUCUCUACAAGCUUAUCCCGUCCACAUCACCUGUGCGGGAACCUCUUCCCGAGCGCCUUCCGGUCAGUGAGAUCGACCAGCAGUCGGGAUUUGUUCACCUUUCCACAUCAUUACAGGUUCCCAAUACUCUGAAAAUUUUCUUCAAGGAUGAGCCUCUUGUUUAUAUACUGAGGAUACCAUAUGAGAAUGUAGCCCAGGAUAUCCGAUGGGAAUCCCCCGAGGGCCACGUGUGUGGUUCACGACCAACGGAGGGGUUAUUUCCGCAUUUAUACAACGGCCUCAAGCUUGGUAGAGACGAGGUAGAGAGCAUUGGUGUAUGGACCAACGAUCAUGGAUGGGAGAAAUCCCUCGCUCAGGCAAAGCCAUGGCUUCUAUAUUGACAAAAUCUGUGCCUUUCACAGCUAUUCAACUAAGCUGUGAAUAUGUAUAUAUAUUUCCAGUGUACACUGAGUACUGGUUAUGCUACAAAUAUUCUUUUACUAUUAGUGUCUCUUUCCGCCAUCGUCAUGGUGUUGCAAUCCCCCAUAUCGAAUGCACACUAGAUCUGGAAGUAACCAUACAUACUAAGUUUCUCCCCCAUGGUACAGGUUACAAACCAAAUUUCAAUUCUCUCUCUCGUUCCUGGGGUUUAGACGGGGUAGACUCUACUUCAACAGACAUAGUAGUGUUAAGCCAAGGAUAGUACUGAAAUUGGGAUGCUGGUCGCACGUGCGAAGUACCUGCAGUAAAUUAAGCUCCAGCCUGCAGAGCAAAAACCAGGACAAGGACAAGACUUCUCAUGAUGGUUAGAAUCAAA